CCGGGGUCGUAUACCACUACGGUCAAAACAGAAUCUCAAAGCCGCUUUUCGCCAUGUCAUCAGUUCAAGAGCGCCAUCCGGAACUCUUUGUGCCGCUCAACAGAGAGUCGCCCAGGGGCAGAACACGUACAGUCCCGAUGCAGGUGCUCUGCCUUGGCUUCAAUCGCACGGGGACAUCCACCAUGUCGGCCGCCUUGGAAGCCCUGGGCAUCCCAUGCUGGCACUCGUUCCAGCUCCUGUCCGCGCACUUUGGCGACAACGAGAAGUGGCUCGACAUUUUGGAGCGAAAGUUCUUCCCCAAAGAGCCCUAUGAGCCCAUUGGCAGCGACGAGUUUGACCAGCUACUGUCCUCCUUUGGUGCCGUGAGUUCGGAUACCCCGGCCAUCUGCUUUGCAGAGGAACUCGUGGCCGCCUAUCCAGAAGCCAAGGUCGUUCUCAUCGAGAGGGACAUCGACAACUGGUACGAAAGCUACAUGCACUCCAUUGUUACUAAUGUCUUUGACCCAAUGGCGAAUCUCCUCAUCAUUAUCGAGCGUUCCUACUUUCGCUCCGUGGGCCUCGUGCAGAAGAGGGCGGUGGAGGGCUGGGCGGGAAUCCACUCGUACAAGGAAGGCGCGCGCAAGGCCAAGAACGUCUAUCGAGCGCACUACGCGCUGGUGAGUAAGAUUACGCCAAAGGAGAGGUUGCUCGAGUUUAGGUUGGAGGAUGGAUGGGAGCCCCUCUGUCAGUUUCUGGGCAAGGAUGUGCCAGAGGAGCCAUUUCCACGGCUCAAUGAGAAGAACCCGCCUAUCCUACAUGCUCAGACGCCCGUGUAUCCCAACGGCCAGCGAUGCUAG